CUCUCUGCAGCUUCCUGCCCGCUGCUGCUCCUGACAAACGGCUCGUUCUCAUCACUGAUCAUGUGCCUCGGUCUCUGGCUGUCUCUGGCUCUGCAGCAGGAAGUUAGCCUUGUUUUCUUCCCCUUGCUUUUCUUCCCUCCCUCUUCCUGACAGCCCCAAUCACACCCGUAUUUUCUUCCUAUUUUUUGCCGCGGCUCUCACCUCUCCUCUGCCCGCAGCGAGAGCCGAGAGAGACCGGCGGCGAACACCGGCAGAGGCCGCUCCGCUCUCUCCUCCACCCCCCCUCCGGGCCGGGAGCGCAGGUCAUGGAGGCCCCGGAGAAGGAGCCGCUGCCGAUGGACAAGCCCCUGCCUCUGCCUACCUUGAGCCCGGCCGUGCCUCCCUACGUCACUUUGGGCCUGACGGUGGUCUACACCGUCUUCUACUCCCUCCUCUUCAUCUUCAUCUACGUCCAGCUCUGGCUGGUCCUGCGGUACCGACACAAGCGCUUCAGCUACCAGACCGUGUUCCUGUCCCUGUGCCUGCUGUGGUCGGCCCUGCGCACCGUGCUCUUCUCCUUCUACUUCAGAAACUUUGUCACAGCCAACACUUUGGGGCCCUUUCUCUUCUGGCUGCUCUACUGCUUUCCUGUGUGCCUCCAGUUCUUCACACUCAGCCUCAUGAAUCUUUACUUUGCGCAGGUUGUUUUCAAGGCGAAGUCGAAGUAUGCACCAGAGCUUUUGAGAUACAGGCUGCCGCUAUACCUGCUCUUCCUGUCCAUCAGCCUGGUGUUUCUUGUUGUGAAUUUAGCAUGUGCCCUGCUGGUGAGGAUGUCCUCCGCAGAAGCCCACACCAUUGUGCUAGUGAGGGUCGCAAUCAACGAUACACUUUUUGUCCUGUGUGCCGUCUCACUCUCCCUGUGUCUUUACAAGAUCGCUAAGAUGUCACUGGCCAACAUUUACCUGGAAUCCAAGGGGACGUCAGUGUGCCAGGUGACAGCAGUAGGAGCCACCGUCAUCCUCCUGUACUCAUCCAGGGCCUGCUACAAUCUGGUCGUCCUGGGACUCUCUAACAAGAGUAUUAACUCCUUUGACUACGACUGGUACAACGUUUCAGACCAGGCAGAUUUACAGUCGACUCUGGGCGACGCCGGCUACAUCGUCUUUGGAGUGAUCUUGUUUGUAUGGGAGCUGCUCCCCACUUCUCUCGUAGUUUUCUUCUUCAGAGUUCGGCAGCCGAACCAAGACAGGAGUGGCUCUGGGCUUCCUGGUCAUGUCUUCUCCUCUAGGUCUUACUUCUUCGACAACCCACGGCGUUAUGACAGCGAUGAUGACCUGGCAUGGAGCGUCAUGCCUCAGAACAUUCAAGCCAGUCUGGCUGCUGACAGCUAUGAGUGGGGGAGCCAAAGCAGCGGCAUCGGUGCCUACAUCGGAGGGGACGACAGUUGUCACCUCCCUCUUCCUCCAGAGGAGCUAAGCCAUUACUGACAGGAGUUCACAGUGACUCCUGCUGACCUGUGGCAUUGUUUUUUAUUGUAUAUUUUUGCACGGUCUCUCUUUGUGACUGAGGCACAUGGGGCUGAACGCAGCCCCUCCACUCGAUACAUUCAAUUUUCUAUUUAGUCUAGAGAAGCAGGACUAACCGACUUUUCUCUCUGCCAGUAUAUGAAGGUCCACUGGACAUUAAUUUUGCACACUCCUUGUACAAAGUAUGAUCUAAUUUUUGACUUAAAACAUCUUCAUUGUAUAGUUUAUAUUGAAUACUGCUUAAUAUAUUUCCUGACAUUUGUAAUAUGUACUGUAUUAAUAUUUUAUGUACUAUGUUCUUUUUUCAUACAGAUUUGUUUAUAUAGAGGAGGUAUUCAUUUAAUUCAUAUUAAAAUUUGUAAGUGUUGUGAUAAA